CCUAUAACCCCGUGCCGGACAGCGUGAGCACCUUCAGAAUAGGAGCAGCCCCGAGUGUGAGAAUCGGAAAAGGUUAUUUAAAAGUUAGAAAUCCGUCACAAACAUUUUAUCUCGCUCAGAUACCCAGCGCAGGAGCGUCAAUUCGGCUGGUUGAAACAAGACUGACAAGCGCCCAGUACUACAUACAACUACACAAGCUUUCUUCGAAGAAAUCUUAUAACUUUUUUUUGUUGCCAUCUCCACUUCUGAAAAUUACUUUUGUGUUCCUGCUGGGUUUAUUUUUUCUUCGCGAGUGGGAGAAAAGUGUGGAAGCUGCAAGGACGGAAGAAAGGACUGACUUUUAGUUUGAACUUGGAUAGAAAUAACUGAAGAAAUCACGGGAAUAAUAUCUACGAAUCUCUAUCUUCUGACAACACCAAAAACGACACCAUCCAUCGAACUUUCAUUUCUGUGAAGGCAAGACUUUAUCCAUCACGCUGUCAACAUUCGGACGAAGUAAGAGAGCACAGCUUUUCUGUUUUGACCACUCCAAUCUGAGAGCGUAACAACUCACACCUUUCCAGCGUUCCUGAACCCUGCUUCUACUCUCCAUCGCCCUAAGUUACGAACCAAAUCUCGUCAAAUCUCACACAUAGAAUCAAGUACUCCGAGACCCUGAGUCCAGCCUAAGCGGUAAGUGAUACCAAGAUGGCUGCCGUUCGACCGACCUUGUCCUACAGGGCCAUGGCGAUACCGUUACUCCUGUGUGUCGUCUGCUUCAUGUCUUUCUGCCCGUCUGCAAUCCUCGCUGAGGACGACGCUUCAACGGUCAAGGCCACGAGUCCGGCUGACGUCACGGACUCGGCUGAGUCUCGAGAGAAGCGGGCGAGCAACUUCGUGCGGAUCGGUCGCCCUAGCAGUUUUGUCCGGAUCGGGAAAGAUGUUGGAGGAGACGGGAGCUUUGACGAGAACGACGCUGGCCAGCAGGACUAUCUGAGAGACGACCCUUACGCUGAUGAGAUGGAAAAGAAGGCGUCUAGCUUUGUGAGGAUAGGACGAGGAAGCAACCUACCUCUACACAGAUUCAUCCGAAUUGGCAGGAUGUCUGACUACGGAAGUUACGUAGAUGACCACUAUAACCGGAUGUAUGGGGACGAGCCCGAAGCAGAAAAACGAAAGUCUCACUUCGUCAGAAUCGGCAAACGGCCGUCCAGCUUCGUCCGUAUUGGCAGAUCAGGUGACGAGGUUUACGAUGACGCCAGUGAGGACCAGUACGACAACAAACGCGCGUCUAGUUUUGUGAGGAUCGGGAAAACCCCCGUUGACCAACUGGCCUCGCUCAAAGACGCCAUCAAACGCGCAUCUCACUUCGUCAGAAUCGGCAAGGCUCCCUCAAAUUUUGUGAGAAUUGGCAGAAAUCCUUCGAGCUUUGUUCGUAUUGGCCGCAACCCUUCCAGUUUUGUCCGCAUCGGCAAGUCAGAAUUGCCUGAUGACGAAGAUUUUGCGGAAAAGAGAGCCAGCAGUUUCGUCCGUAUUGGCAAAAACAUCGGGUACGAUCUUGGAAGCUCUCUCGGCUAUGAUGAUCUCAGCCCCGCAGAUUUCAACAGCCAAGACAUGCUCAAACGCGCCUCUAGUUUUGUCAGAAUCGGAAAGUCCGGUGACGGGGAGGAUAAGAGAGCGUCCAGCUUCGUCAGAAUUGGAAAGUCCGGGGACAAUUCCGGCCCUCAUCUCAGCGUAGACGGCACGGACGACGGUCAGAAGCGAGCCUCAAGCUUUGUCCGGAUCGGGAAAUCGGGCAUGGACAACGCAGCUGAUGGCGAAGGUGCACUGUCUUCCGACAAGAGGGCCUCAAACUUCGUGCGAAUCGGCAAAGCUUUGUCAUCUCCAGGGGCACCGGCACAACCGUCGUCCGUUGGGUCGUCAUCCUCAAUGUCUUCUCUAUCCUCGCCCUCAUCUUCAUCUUCACAUUCCGACUCAUCAUCGUCUGAAGAAAGCCUAGGGGACGGUGUUCUUUUUGAUGACGAUAAGCCGAUCAGCGUGGCGAGCAGAGCGCAUGCGUUUGUCAGAAUAGGGAAAAUCCCAUCCUCCGCUUUUGUCCGCAUCGGCAAGAACUCUGACGUCAUGGUGGAGCCCGCUCUCGGGCGCAGGGCAGGGUACCGGCGGGGAUCCAGGGGCGGACAAUCCUCUUUUGUCCGGAUAGGGAAGUAACUGCUUCCUACGUCCUACACAGUACACAAGAAUCCCAACGCUUGCUCGAUACGUCUUUUUGAUUAUUGAUGUUACCAAUUAAGACUCUGAAAAUGGGUUGGUUGGGGGUGAAAAGAGGGUGUGGUGAGAGGGAUGUUUACAAAUUCAUUAGCAUCAACAGAAGAAGCGCAUAUAAUGUUGUCAAUGUUUUACUCACUGUCCACGUCUUUGCUCUUUCUUGUAUUUGUACAAACAUCUCAAGUAAACAAGAUCUUAUGCUCUGUCACCACAUUUUGAAUUCCAUCAUGACAGAAUCCAGUCUGUAAAUGAUUAUGUACAACUUCCAAUGCUGUUUAGAGGACGAAAAGGGUGUAUUAUAGUGCAAAUAUUAUAUUAAAGAAAAUAAUGCAUAACUUGUGGUCUUCUACAUUCGUGCAAUGUUAUCAGUAGUAACCCCUGCUCUGUUCCUCAAAACCUAUUUACCGCUUUUAAUCCCUGUCAGUUUUAUAUUAUCUAAAAUAGUCUCUAUGAAAUGAGGAGUCGGUAUGUUCCUGCAGCAAUAAGUCAGUGUGUGCCGUUUCGGUAAUGUCUACGUCCCCUCGUGACAUAUGGCAUCUCUUGGGAUGCCGAGCAGCAGAUCCGGCCGCCCUGGAGUUCAACUUUAAAAAGGCAUCAGGUGAUAGGGGGAGAAACUUGAGGCUGUAAGAGUGGUGCGCGGGAAACAAGGUUUUCCCUUUUUAACUUCUAAAAAUAACACUUUUUAAUGAAACACGCCGAGCUAUAUCUGGCGGCCUCGUUACCUGCAAAUAAAUUAAUUGUUUCUGGUUCCUUUAGAAGUAUCAGAAUAUGGACAUAUGUUUGCGUAUAAACGUGCUUGUAAACACAUUAGUGAACAUACAUUUACCGUCGACAUAAUAUCAGCUCGCUUCUUUCUAAAUAAUGCAAUAUGUAGGCUAGUCUGGAUACAAGAGCUUGCGACACAAACACACACUCACAUUUCUACACGCACACAACGUAACACUCAGUGAGUUAUUACUGUGGUGAUAAAAUUCACUUCAGCAUACCACCUGAUGAUCUGGAUAAGUCGAAAUGUAAAGACAUCCUCAAAACUUUAAUAAACUUUCCAAAAUCCUCAACGAGCCUGCCAAUACUGUUUCCCUUGUUCUUAGAGUACAAGUGUAUAAAACCGUUUUUUCGGCAGCACCACACUAUAGACGUACACAUUACGUAUAAACGUGCUUGUGACCACGCCCAUCCCCUGCCCUGGAACCCACCUAAUAGGCACAAAAACCUGGACACAGAAAGAAAUGACCUCAUCAAAUUCAACGUCAGAAGCGGUCUUAGUACAUUGACGUAUUGACAAAAAACAGAACGCCGCGCAAAGGACAAGUAACGCCGCACAGAUUUGACACUCAUUUAAUCUUCCUGUCGGUGUGUUUUUUUUCCACCUCAUUGAACUUGUCCAUGCGAUACUGCUAUUUUGGUCUUGUCCAAUACCCCCAUCUCUUCAUUUUAAAUUGAGCUCGGUUCCACGUACUCAAGAUCUGGAGAUGUCCUUGGGAGGUCGAAAUGAGGAGGAAGGAUGCGAACAUGGACCAAAAACUGAAGGGAUGUUGGAUGAAACGUGUGGAGGUGGAGCCGUUUUAAGCUGGGGCAGAUUGAAGAAAGAAGGUGUUCCACAGAUUCUUUUCUUGUUUUGGGGGAGUGAGUGGAAGCGGGGAUUUUUUUUUUUAUAUUUGGGGGCAGGGGGAGGGUGCAAAGAGGAGUGUAGAGACUUGGUGUCUUAAGAUCGAACAUCCUGAACUGACGUUUCAUAAUGAGAGCCCGAUAAAGCAUUUUUAAACAAUCCCGUUUGUUUCAGUCUUGUAGAAUACGAAGGUGUAAAGAAAGAGUGACACUCCCUGAGUAAACAUAAAGGUUCAAAGACCAUUCACAAGAAUACACGCUGCUGUUAUAUUCUAUUACGGUACUUACUAAAGGCCCGCGAAUAAGAAACAUGCGCUAUUAUGUUAUUUUCAAAAUUAUUCGUGCUUUAUUUUAAGAAAGAGGAGGGUUGAAAUGCUAUUGAAACAAAAAGAAUUACAUGUACAUGUAUAAAAAUAUAAAAACGGAAACGGAGAAAGUGAUUUUUUUUUCUCGAUUUGCCUUUCCUGCUGCAGUCUAAGAGGAGAUCAAAGAUUCUCCUGUUAUAAAUGGUACCUAUGUUCAUAAGGUGUGUGGUGGGGACAAAAAAGGAGGGAAAAAAUAAUAUUAACUAUCAUGCUAUCAUGUUAUGAAGACGAAAUGGAGAGCUCCGGGAAGGGGACGGGUGAGGUGAGGGAAGGAAUCUUUUCAAAUUUUCCCUCGUGUUACAAAUAGUUAAUCUGUGAUGAAACAGAAACAAAAUUAUUUCCCUGGUAAUGCUUUCGCUCGUUUUCUCCUAAUGCUGUCUUGUCGCGUGUGCUUUUUGCUUUGUUUUGUGUCACUUUCUUUUUGGGAUUGCAAAGGAAGGGGGGUUUGGGGGUGUGGGGUGCAUUUAGCUUUGUUGUUGAGUUUCAGGAAAUGUUAUUUUAGUUGUCAAAGCAUUCGUUUGUUGUUAUUUGUCUGUUUGUUUUUUCUUGAGUCUGGGGAAAAGCAUUAUUACAUUGUAAAAUCAAUAAAAUUUACCGCUUGUACGCUUUUUCUCUUCUCGUCUCUCUCUCUCUCGCUCUUUUUCUCAUUCUAAAAUUCGACUUUAUAUUUCAAGACAAAUGUACGCCUCAAUAUCCUCUUUCAUUUGUGCUUUUAAAGAACCUUGAAUAUUAUUGCUGCACGAAAAUGUAUGCCGUCUUUGGGAGGAUAACGCAAACAUUAUUGUGUCUCAGCGGAAAUAAAACUGCCAAAGUUCAACAAGAAAACGAUUAGUAAAGGGAGUGGGGUCAGCUGCUAGGUCACGCUGAUAAAACGUACAAUGUGUUUCAAAAAUGAAAAAUGUAUUGGUCUAUUUAACGAAAUCGUCAAAUCUUCUCCUCUUCUCACCUUUGUUUUAAUUUGGUUUUAGUCAUGUCUUUUCCUCUCCUCUCUUCUUGUGUUUCGGGUUUGUUUGUCUUUUAACAAGAUCAGCCCCCGGCUGUCGUUUCUUUUUCAGAGCAUUAUUGAACUUUGCUCCUCGCCAGUGUAUUUUUCAAUUCACAUAUUUAUCUUUUCCUUUCGCACGUGUGUUGCUUCCCUUUUGUGUUUCACAUUUCCUGUCGUUUGUCCUUAAGAUCUGAGAUAAAGACACUCCUCGGAAAACCCUUUAAUUCCAAAUGCCACUGAGAUAUGUGUGUUGACUUUGUCUGUCCUAGGCUACUAAAUUAUAUCAGGGAGAGGGGACGAAGAGGGGUCAGGUGUUAACAAGCUUGAGUUACGUUUUUGAAAUCGACUUUGCCUUCCCCCGCGUUCCUUAGACGAUUAAAUAAAACGUGAAGGCAGAGUAGAGGAAGCAGACGUGUAGUCAAACGUGAUCCGAUAGAACAUGGACACCUUCGUCAGUUCCUUUGAAAAGUUGACAUAAUUUGGUUCCAGCUUUGCUUGCAUCCAGUCAAUGUCUCCAAAGUUUUAAUUGCCGCCAGCCGUGAUGUCACCACAGAUCGUGGCCACGCCCAUCCAGAUGUCUGUUUGCUCCUUCGUGUCUGGGGACGAGUGGGACUUACGUGCUUUUUUCCCCAAAGCACAUUGUGUUUCUCUCACUCUCCGUGCCCCAGAUCCCGAGCCCUGCCCUCUUUUUUUUUUUUUUUUUUUUUUUUUUUUUUUUUGUAAAACCAAGAAGAGCUCACGACGCUACUGUUACCAAAGCCGAUAAAAUCGAAUUACUCCCUGAAUCCUCGAAACAAUGUUUCACUAUUACCCUUUUGUUCUUUCAAGUCCUAACUGAAAUUGUUCUUGUUGUUUUGUUGGGGGGGGGGGGGGUUUGGGGGGUGGAUUUGUUUGUUUAUUUUUUUCCAGUGGCUUUGCUUAUGAAAGUCUGUCAGCUUAAUGUAGCCAACUAACCCAAAGAGGGGGAUUGAAGAAAGACUCAGGACGUUAACUUUUUGUAUUAUGAUGGAGCCAAAAACCAUUUUGCCACAUUCAGCGUAUACCGUAGGAGCCGUGUACGGUGCAAUAGGCGUAUAAAGAGCAUUUUUCUUUCUUAGUCGUACUUGUACAAUGCAAGUGGAGAUUGGUCAUGUUCAUGGUUACCUCUGCCGAAAUGCGAAAAUACAAACUGCUCUGAAAGAAAAAAUAACAACAUCUUCAAUCAAAAGUCAAAUUUAUCUGUAAUACCUUCGGGAGUUUAAACAGUUUUCAAAGUGACACACAUCAUAUAAUAUGACAUCCCCCUUAAAAAAACAUGGAGGAAGUGGUUAUCUUUGAACGAUAGAAUUAUUAUAUCCUCUUACCAUGAGGGUUAGGGUUAAAAGUUAGUGGACAUUUUAAAAUCGCAUUGACACCAAUACUUCAUUUUUCUAGAAAGAAAUAAAGGAAUGGUAAGCUUCCAAUAUGUUAACAGAAUACUGACAGGUCUAAUGUGGUUUAGUGUAGAGAGAUCAAGGAAACAGGGAACGAAUCCCGGGUGUUCCUAGGAAGCUUUCAGCCUCAAGCAAAGCGUGACCGUCGCCAUUGUCGCAUGACUGAAACCUAACACGAGUUACAGGAGGCGGAUCUCUCACGUCUCACACACUCCCCAUGACGUCACAAAGUGGAUGAUAGGACUUUUUUGUACAAUUCUCUGCUGUUGUUUUUCUGCCACGUCUUGUGUCCAGCUUCGCCAUGUUUGGUAUAUUUAUCUUUUCCAAAAGGCUAUUCUAUACAAUUAUGUGUGAUAGGGUUACUGCGACAUCUCAUUUUAGCUUCGCCAUGUUUGAUCUUUUAAUGGUUUUCCUCCUGUGUUUGUGUUGAUGUGAAAACUGAUUGCCAUCUCCUUCUAUGCCGCUUCGCCAUGCAAACGAUUUCCCUGACUGUGUGUUACAUGUGUAAUGGUAGAAUUUGGGCUCUGCGAAAAGGCGGCCUUUGUUAUGCAUUUGGUAAUUGGGAAAAACUAUCUUCUCUUUUUUUUUUGAUUGGUGAGGUUUUAGGUAAUGAAAACGACUAUGUUGAAUCAAGCAAUAAACUGUGGAAGUCAAACGAA